UGUUGUAUUUUCUCUUUCAAUCCGAUCGGAUGCUACAAAAAACACGAAGAGGAAGUGCAGGCGAUCUUCAACCCUAAAAUACCCACGAUCUUCAUUUCCCUAUUUCAACCAUUCUUCAUCUCAAUUGAUUUCAAUGGCGACGAUCGGAGCUAAACGAGGGUAUGCCAUGGCUUCCAAUUUUCUGAAAGCCCUAAAAACCUCUUCUUCUUCAACGUCGGUCAGACGCUUCAGCGGCGUCGUAAACAGUGAAAUCACCACCACCCACACUGCCAAAUGGAUGCAGGACACAAGCAAGAAAUCUCCAAUGGAGCUGAUCAAUGAAGUCCCCCCAAUCAAAGUUGAGGGCAGGAUCGUAGCUUGUGAAGGAGACACCAAUCCUGCACUUGGACAUCCAAUAGAAUUCAUAUGCCUUGAUCUGAGUGAGCCAGCCGUUUGCAAGUACUGUGGUUUACGCUAUGUUCAAGAUCACCAUCACUAGAUUCAGCUCGAAACAUCAAUGUGUUGAUGCAGCAUGUUUCCAGCUUACUAUUUUCCAAAUUCAGGCUUUCAUGUUCCUUUUUUCUAUUUUAGCAAAGAUGAUGAUGUACUCUACCUAAACCUUGAUAAUGUCUGCAAAUAAGGAUACUGAUCCGACUACCCUAUUCGAUUUCCAACAAGUGUAUAAUUUGAUAUCGAAAUGACCCUGUUUCUGGUGUC